AUGGGAGCAAGCAGUUGCUCUGCUCCAGAGAAUGUCGGAAGACGAGGUGGCUGCAAAUCAGAUUUCCUACAGCACCGCUGCGGCGGCCUGCGAGGGUGCAGGGCGGUGGGAGGUGGCAGUUGGACUCCUGGCGCAGAUGGCUGCGGAGGAACUGAUCCCGGACGUGAUCUCCUUCAGCGCCGUCAUCGGCGCUUGUGGUUCUUCGGCAGCCUGGGAUUCGGCGCUGGUGCUCCUUGCAGAUAUGCGGGCUGCGAGUGUGCGCACAGAUGCUGCUGCGGCGGGGGCAGUGCUGGGGGCAGUGGCCAAGGCUGGCAAGUGGCAGCUGGUUCUCUCCUUGAUGGCUUCCAUGGAAGCAUCGAUGCUCCGUCCUACGGCCGCGAGCCUUUCAGCAGCACUGCUUCUGUCUGCUGCAGCCUCCUCCGUCUUCAGAAAUCAGGCUGCACCGCCUUGAUAAGUGCAUGCGGGCGUGCUUCGGACUGGGCGUCAGGCCUGGCAGCUUUCCGAGAGAUGCCAUCGAGGCUUGUGCGGCAGGAUGUCCUUGCCUACAAUGCGGCUAUGGACUGCUGUCGUGCCGUCGGACACUGGAAGGAGGCGCUGUCGCUCUUUUCGGAGAUGUCCAUCCUUAGCCUGGAGCCCUCGGCCGGGAGUGUCACCACCUUGCUGUCAGUCUGCCGGAGUGGCCGAGCCUGGCAGCAGGCGUUGGCCCUGGCACCGCUGGCUGUAGCCGACUACGGUUUCAACUCAGCCAUCAGCGCUUGCGCGGAUGCCGGGAGGUGGGAGCAUGCCAUCUCGCUUUUGCAUGACAUGGAGCAGCACUCGUUGGUGCAAGGCACGAUGAGCUUCAACGCUGCUUUGAAUUCGCUUGUCCGCCAGGGAGGACACCGCUGGGAAACCUCGAUCUGCUUCCUUUCGAGGAUGGUGCAGAUCCGACUGCAGCCAGACGAAUUCAGCAUGAGCCCUUCGAUCGCUGCGCUGGGAGGCAGCGAGGGCUGGCCCGUGGCCCUCACACUGUUGGGCGGCAUGACUACCCGUGGCUUUGAGGCCUCAGCCUUUCCACGCAACGCGGCACUGGCCCGACUGGAGGAUAGCAGUCAGUGGCAGACGGCCACCGACAUGCUCGAGGCUGGCUGGCGCAAGAGGAGCUCGCCGGAUGUGCUGGCCUGCAAUUCUGUCAUCAGCAGUUGCAGUCGAGCUGGGGAGGCUCAGCAGGCCAGGAGACUUCUGGACAGGAUGCCAGAGAUGCGGCUGGCUCCGGACACCGUCAGCGUCAAUGCUGCGCUGGCGAGUGCAGACUGGUCUGAGGCGCUCGAGCUCCUGUCCUUCAUGUCCGACCACGAUCUCCAGGUGGAUGCCUUUACGAUUAGCACCUCCAUCCGUGCCUCGGCAGGAGAGCGAGGUCGGCAGCUCUUCCGGGACCUGUCUCAGCGUGGCGUAGAGCUGAACCAGGUUGCAUACAAUGCCGCAAUCGGGGCCUGUGCAUCCGGCGGGCGCUGGCAGGAAGCCGGUUCGCUCCUCCAGGAGAUGGAUGAGGUUGCCGUCGUCCCAGACAUGAUCAGCUUGAACUCUGCUGUGGAUGUUUGCGAAAAGGGUGGGCAGUGGCAGAUGGCCUUGCUCCUCUUGGCCGUUGCUGAGCAACGCAUGCUGCGCCUGGAUGCCGUGGGUGCCAAUUCAGCGCUGAGCUCUUGCGAGAAGUGUGGGCAGCUCGGCUCCUCGCUGCGCCUGCUGGCCAGGAUGGUGCACCUGCGCUUGAGUAACGAGAUAAGCUACACUUGCGCCAUCGGCUCCUGUGAGAAGUCUGGUGACUGGCAGCUGGCCCUCCAUCUUCUGGAGGAGAUGCAAGAAGUGAGUUUGCCUCCAGGCGAAAUCGCUUUCCGCGCAGUGAUCAGUGCCUGCCCCGGUCCGCAGUGGCCACUGGCAGUCAACAUGCUGGGCUACAUGGAGAGCGCCAACGUUUUUCCGCACGAGAUCAGCUUCAAUGCGGCCCUCGCGGCAGCGGCGCGAGGUGCAGCUCCAGCGCCGGUGGCAGCGGCACUUCUCCGGCGAAUGCGGGCCGCCGAGGUGCUGCCGGAUGCUGGCAGCUACAAAGCAGCAGCUGCCAUUUUCGAAAUGAGAGACAAGGCGCAGCCAGCGCUGCGUGUCUAUCAAGAAAUGAGCGGUUGCGUCGGCUCGCUGCUGUCUGCCGUCUUUGCCGACGCUGCCUAG